GGCACUAAUGAAGGCACUUUCCUCUGGGAAGUAGAAGUCGCUUCUGACCGAUGGCUUCUGAACCUCUUCAGGAUUCACAGAUGGAUUCUGUGGAAAAGACAACAAACGGAAGUGAACAGAAGUCAAGUAGAAAGUUUUUAAAGAGCCUCAUCCGGAAACAGCCCCAGGAGCUGCUCCUGGUCAUCGGGACGGGAGUCAGUGCCGCCGUGGCCCCAGGGAUCCCCGCGCUGUGCUCAUGGAGGAGCUGCAUCGAGGCCGUCAUCGAGGCCGCGGAGCAGCUCGAGGUGCUGCACCCCGGGGAUGUGGCCGAGUUCCGCAGGAAGGUGACCAAGGACGGGGACCUGCUGGUCGUCGCCCAUGACCUGAUCCGGAAGAUGUCCCCUCGCACGGGCGACGCCAAGCCCAACUUCUUCCAGGACUGCCUGCUGGAGGUUUUCGACAACCUGGAAGAGCACAUCGAGAGCCCGCUGGUGCUGCAGUCCAUCCUCAGCCUGAUGGAGGGGGGCGCCAUGGUGCUCACCACCAACUACGACAACCUGCUGGAGAUCUUCGGGAAGCGGCACAGCAAGCCCAUGGAGUCUCUGGAUUUGAAGGACAAGACCAAGGUCCUUCAGUGGGCUAGAGGACACAUCAAAUACGGAGUUCUUCACAUUCACGGCUUAUACACAGAUCCCUGCGGGAUGGUGUUGGACCCAUCGGGAUAUAAAGAUGUUACUCAAGACCCAGAAGUCAUGGAAGUUCUGCAGAACUUGUACCGCACCAAAUCGUUUCUGUUUGUGGGCUGCGGGGAGACCCUUCGCGAUCAGAUAUUCCAGGCCCUCUUCCUUUACUCGGUGCCGAGCAGGGUGGGCCUGGAGCACUACAUGGUCGUGCUCAAGGAGAACGAGGACCGGUUCUUCAGGCACCAGGCCGACAUGCUUCUGCACGGCAUCAAAGUCGUGUCCUUCGGGGACCGCUUCGACUGCUUCCCGGGCUACGUGCGGGACCUUGCCUCUCAGAUCUGCAAGCAGCCCAGUCCAGAUGCCGAUCGGGUGGACAGCACCACGUUGUUCGGUAAUGCAUGCCAGGACUGUGCAAAGAGGAAGUUAGAAGAAAAUGGAAUUGAAGUUGCAAAGAAACUCAGACAAUCAGGUACUGAUGAUGCUGGAGGGUCUUGAGAUCUUUAAAACCAAUAAAAACCGCAACUUGAAAACCAGCCUUCUGUAACCACAGUGCCAUCCCAAGCGAUGAGGAAUGUUAGAGAACUCCGCCCAGGACCUCUUGACCCUGAACCGUCAGAUACCCCAAAAGAGCCGUGUGGGGGUGUGGCCCUCAGAGGCUGGGUGAGGGAGUUCCGUGUUGUGUUGAACUGCUUGGGAGGUGACGCAUACGGCAGGUGUCCUUUGUGAGGACUGAUGCACGACUACCUCAGGGACCAAGUCAGUGGGCGGGGACAUCCCUGGUAUUCCCGACUCCCAUUGGAUGGGCCCUCUGUCAGGUGUUUUUUUUUCUCUAAUAAAAGGGGGAAAGUAAAGACUGUCCAAGCAACAGUAGUUGCCAAAGAGAAAAUAAGACACUAGACACUUAAAUUUUAUAAUU